UCCCAUGGUGGAAGAAAAAAAACAUAAAUUCUACCUCAACAAGACUACAAGGCUUAUGUCCAAUGACACCCGAAGAAACGGCACUUACACUCAAAGCACUGGGCGUCGAUCGAGAAACGCAGAUUUAUAUCGCAGCUGGCAAUAUUUACGGUGGCGAAAAAAGAUUAGCAUCUCUCAGAGCAGCAUAUCCAAAUUUGGUGAAGAAGGAGAAAUUAUUGCCACCAUAUGAGCUUUUGCCCUUCAAGAACUACUCAUCACAAAUGGCAGCAAUUGACUACAUGGUUUCAUUAGAGAGUGACAUAUUUUUCCCUACUUACGGGGGAAACAUGGCGACACUCGUUGAAGGGCACAGACGGUACUUGGGAUUCAAGAAAACAAUACAACCGAAUCAAAAGGCACUAGUGAAUCUCAUCGACAAAUACAGAAAAGAUUUAAACUGGCGAGAAUUCGAAGCUGGAGUUAAGAAAGCUCACGCAAAUCGAUACGGAAAUCCGGUAAGACGAAGAGUCAUGCCCGAAAAACCGAAAGAAGAGGACUAUUUCUGGUCUAAUCCACAAGAGUGUUUAAUCUUGUAAUUACAGUUUGGAUUUUUUUUUUUCUUGUUAUAUUUAUUGUUACAUUUUGUGCAUAUCUGCUGUUGUAAUAACAGUUUGGGUUUUUUGAGUCAGUAGAUAUAUAUAAAUUUCAUAUAUACUUUUAUUUAUUUAUUUCUAGUAUGUACCUUCAAAAGCAAUAUAAUGAGUCAAGUCAGUAGUUAAAUGCGGUUUCGGUUUUUCGGUUUCGGUUCGAUUUCAUCAAAUUUGGAAAAGUAAAAAAUAAAAAUAAAAAAAAAUUGACUUCAGAUUUCUCGUAAGACAAUCGCUAAAUUUCAACAACCUCCGUAAAACACAACUAGUAUGUACCUAACAUGCAUGUGUCGAAGCAAGCCGUUCUAUACGAAAACUUACAUAAACUCGAAAAAUAUUAAGAACCAAAAAAAA